CUAUAGAAAAACAAGAUUCUUGCAUUAAUACUACAAUUGCAAAGUCUGUUACUGACUAUUCAAUAUUAUUAACUUAUUAUCCAAUUGUUCAUUAUACUUGUUGUACUGUUAAACAAAAAA